AGGCUGCCCGGCACCGCAUAAAGCCGCAGACGCACAGUGUGCCCAGCAGCCGCUCGGGCCGCUUGCCGCUGCGGAGAAGCUGCUCCGAUGCUCCAGAGCGGCCAUGGGCGCCCCGCACUGGUGGGACCAGCUGCGGGCUGGCAGCUCGGAGGUGGAUUGGUGCGAGGACAACUACACCAUCGUGCCUGCCAUCGCCGAGUUCUACAACACGAUCAGCAACGUCCUGUUUUUCAUUUUACCGCCCAUCUGCAUGUGCUUGUUCCGCCAGUACGCCACGUGCUUCAACAGCGGCAUCUAUUUAAUAUGGACUCUCCUAGUUGUAGUGGGAAUCGGAUCUGUCUACUUCCAUGCAACUCUUAGUUUCCUGGGUCAGAUGCUUGAUGAACUUGCCAUUCUUUGGGUUCUGAUGUGUGCUUUGGCCAUGUGGUUUCCCAGGAGGUAUUUACCAAAGAUCUUCCGGAAUGACAGGGGCAGGUUCAAGGCAGUGGUGUGUGUCCUGUCUGCAGUUACAACAUGCCUGGCGUUUGUCAAGCCUGCCAUCAACAAUAUCUCUCUGAUGAUUCUGGGGGUUCCGUGCACUGCGCUGCUCAUUGCAGAGCUGAAGAGGUGUGACAAUGUGCGUGUGUUUAAGCUGGGCCUCUUCUCUGGCCUCUGGUGGACUCUGGCUCUCUUCUGCUGGAUCAGCGACCGAGCCUUCUGUGAGCUGCUGUCCUCCUUUCACUUUCCCUACCUGCACUGCGUGUGGCACAUCCUCAUCUGCCUUGCUGCGUACCUGGGCUGCGUGUGCUUCGCUUACUUCGACGCUGCCUCAGAGAUACCCGAACAAGGUCCAGUCAUCAGAUUCUGGCCCAGCGAGAAAUGGGCUUUUAUCGGUGUCCCCUAUGUGUCCCUCCUGUGUGCCCACAAGAAGUCACCAGUCAAGAUCACGUGACGGCAAGGCAGUGACCGGCUUUUCUGCUUACUUCUAUUCGAGUGUGCUCCGGGCUUUGUUUGCUAGCAAAGAUGGCCAAGGGGUUUGAAGAACUGAUGUAGUGUGGGUGUUUAAAAUUCUGUUCUUUUGUGAUCUAACUGGACCGCUGUGCCUGAUGUCCCCAGGGUGGGUAAUGGAGGGCUCAGGGACAUGAGUGGGUCGUCCUCAGCGACCUUUACGGGCACAUGGGCUUGCUGUGUUAUAUCCAUGAUGACAUCGACAGAGUAGUUAUUUGGGAGACCCAGAGCAGCCCAAAGCUUCUUGCUGGAAAAGGUGGCUUGCCACAGCCCCCACCAUUUCCAGGCUCUCUCAUUACACAGGAGUCAGCCCCCUGAUUCUGUGAUAGAAGGUUCCAGAACUUUUCAUUUUGCUGGAGAAACUGUCCUUCAACAAAAAUCGAGUAGGCAAAAACAAAAACAAAACAAAACAAAACAAAAACACACA